AAGCAGAACGCGCUGGUUCGUUGAAUCUGAUACUACGAUCACAAAAACUCGUCGGAUCAAAUGCGUGGAGAUAGUUGCCAACAUGAACAAUAUCUUCUCCGACCCGAAACAAUCUAAAGACGCAGUGGUGCAAGUCGCUUCGCAGUUCAACCUGUUGGAAAUGGCAGAUCCUGAUACUACUCCAACUAACGGCAUAUCUAUCUACUACUAUGAUCGCACCCAAGGGCCAGUAUGUGCUAUGCAAACACCUUAUGGUACACUCUUCAGGAACUACUUCGCUAAUGUUGUAUCCGACAAUACAAAGGUAGAUGGUACAGGUACGCUUGAGACCGGUACUGGUCAGGGACAACUAAAAACUCAGAUUAAUCUUUGA